UUGGCCGUCACCACCUUGUCACAGCUUCAAGCUGCCUCCCCUCUUCAAUCAACCAACCCACAGUACCACUUCACUUGCAUACGAACAGCAUCUCCAGAAUCGUUCUCGUCCACUCUCUAUCCAAGCCAACUUUCCCAAUCGCUUUAUCCAAAAUGACCAGACAAUCAUUGUCAAGGGCCACCGGCAUGGUCGGCCGCAGCAUUCGCACAUCCACCAACCGCACAGCUCUGUUUGCGCCCCGGCGUGCCGCUGCCUCCCCCACGACCCGAGCCAUCCUCCCCAUCGCCACGAAGACGCAGUCAAGGUUCCUCUCCAACGGCUCCUCCCAGAACAGAGGCAUCCUCCCAGACUCCGACAACCCGUCUCCCCCCAACGUCCAAGAUGACGGCGUCAAGCCCACGCCCGCCGACCUCACCGACGCGCAGUACCACGACGUAGCCGACAGCUACCUCGAGGUCAUCCUGUCGGAGCUGGAGAACCUUGCCGACAAGAACGACUCCAUCGAGGUCGAGUACUCUGCCGGAGUCCUCAACGCCACCUUCCCAGACAUCGGCACCUACGUGAUCAACAAGCAGCCCCCCAACAAGCAGAUCUGGCUGUCGAGCCCCAUCUCAGGCCCCAAGCGCUACGACUACGUCGUCACGGGCGAGGGCCAGAGCCAGAAGGAGGACACGGCCACGGGCGACUGGGUCUACGUCCGCGACGGCUCCACCCUCGCCGAGCUGUUCCUCAAGGAGCUCAACAUUGACCUCUCCCUGGUCAUCACCCGGUAGGACCUGCGCUAGACGGGGAGACGGCCGCGGGCUCUGUUGUCAGGGCUCCGUGUUGAUCGUGCUUUGUUUGAAGCGAGCGACCAGCGGAUUAUGCCCAGCCGUUCUGGGUGGAACGGUCUACGACGGACUGUGGGGUGAAGUAAUAGGAGAAGAGAGGCACAUCCAACUUACCCGCAGGAAGUUUUCCUACAGGAUCUUGCCCUGUAGGAGCUUAUAUUACAGGAGGUUAUUUUGUAUGAGGUUGUCCUAUGGGAAGUUUUCCUAUAGGGCUGGGGUGCAUCCUCCAUUUUCGGGGCGUGAAUAUCUGCUCUAUUUGGAAGAGGGUACCCGGGGUCAGCCGUGGCAGGAAGUGUUCGAAGGAUACCAACCCAUGCGAGAGCGACAGGAGCGCAUAUUUUGUUUGAUUUUCCAGGAGGGACUCGUCAUUUCCUUCUUCCUUUGCAUCAGUAUCAGGGUCAUACUUUCUGCCGUCCCCUGGCCAUCGUGGCCGGGGGCAGCUGACACACAACAGCGGUAAUAAGGGCACUCGCUGCUUUUGGUCUUUUACCAGCUUUGACUCGUAAUCAAACGAACCCGUGCUGGCGAUAGUCGCUGGAAAAUGCGACGCGCAUCUGACGGGCUCGGGGCUGGCUGCUGCUGGAGCAUUUAUCCUUCCGAGGUUCCUUGCCUGUACCUGUGUUCCCCAGAGACAGCGUGGAUGGGCAAGGACCUGUUCUCAAAAUAAGAAGGAAAGGCAACAAAACAACCGGCAUCGCAAGCCAUGAAUUCAGAGACCGUGUUAGCAAUGCACACAUGCAUAAAACAUCCCCAGGACUCCACUCCGUUUGUAUCAUAGUACACAUU